AUGCAUGCGCGAGAGUCCUCUCCUUGCUCACCAGACAUAGCGCGUCAACCGAUUGGUAGGAGGCUGAGGAGGCCGAAUCGGGCAGGUAGAUUUACUUCCGGCUCGGCCCACCUGGCGAACCCUAAGCUCCUAACCCUAGCAACUGCCUCCAUCUUCGACGACACUUUCCAACAAAAGGUAGCCACGACAACCCCAACACCCCCACCGGCUCCCGCGGUCAACAUGCCGCCAAAGAUCGUAGCGAAGCCCGCCGACCGCACAGGCGGAGUCUUGCCGGUCAACGCAGCAGCGCGAGCGAAAGCAAACCGAGCACCUGCGAUCCGAUUGAAGCUCGAAGUGCGCCGUCUCCCUCCCGGUCUGACGCUGGUGGAGUUUGAAGAGAUCUUGGGAGAAGAAUGGAAACUGGGCAACGGCAAGGUGGACUGGAGGGAAUAUCGACAGGGCAAGCUGCGGCCUGCUGGUUCGGGCAAGGUGCUCGAGCAGAGCCGGUGCUAUUUGCAUGUGGUGAAUGAGGCAUGCGUCAAGGAGUUCGAGACGCGCUUUCUGGAUGUCGCGUUCCAGGAUAAGGCGGGGACGUGGAAGAGCGCGGAGUUGAAGAACCUUUCCCCUGCUCUGGGCUUUGCGCCGAACCAGCGCACGCCGCUGCAGCAUCCCAAACAAAAGGCGGAUGUGCGGCAGGGGACGAUUGAUCAGGAUCCGGAUUUCAUGUUGUUUCUCGAGGCGGAGACACAGCCGAUUGUCAAGCCGCCUUCGCUUGAUACUGUUGGGUUGGAGAAGGCGGGCGAGAAGAAGGAGAUCAAGACUACACCGCUCAUUGAGGAUUUGAGGGAGAGGAAGGCGAAUAAGGCGAGAGCUGCGCAGGCUAAGGCGGAGAAGGAUAGGAAGGGUGCGAAGGGCAAAGAGUCUGCUGGCAAAGACGGCGGGAAAGACGGACAGCAGGGGAAAGUCGAACAAGCAGCCAAGGAUGCGGUAAAGGUAUUGAACAAGCAGGCUGGCAAGCAGCAGCAACAACAGACACCACAGGGGAAGGGCGCUUCUCCGACGAAAGGAAGGAAAGCAGCGGCUAUGGCUACAAAACAACAGCAGGCUACCUCGUCCCAAGCCACGCCAGCUGCACCAGCUUCUGCCUCGCCGCGGACGGGUCCGAAUACAAGACAGAGAGGCAACGCAGAGGGCAUUAAGAAGAUGCUUCAAAAGGAUCUCGGGAUCAAGCCGAAACCUUCGCAGACACAAAGCCCAACAUCGGCUACUUCAGCAACACCAGCAUCAGCAACAACACAGACCGGCCCAACCACAUCCACCGCUGCAUCAACAUCCACACCCACGCCCUCGGACUCCAAACAACAACCACAACAACCAACCCAACCCCAAACAAAAGCCUACCUCAAACACGCCAACCCCUCGCAGGGCAUGACAGAAAUGCUCAUCCAACAAGCCCUAUCCAACGCUUUCGGCGAAGUGCUCAGCGUGACCAUCGAUCCGCGCAAGGGAACCGCCAUCGCCACUUUCAAAUCCCCUGAAGGCCUGAAGAAGGCGCUCGAGGCGAAGCAUGUGCCUGUUGCGGGUGGGGCGGUGGAGGUUUUGGAGUUCAGGGAUAGGGGUGGUGCGGCGGGGUCUGGGGGACGGUGGAAAUGCACGCUGAUUCAUUCGGCCAUGAUUGGGCGUGCACGUGCUACCAAGCUUUGGUCAUGUGAAAAAGUGGAGACGCGCACUUCUCAUCUCUCAACUUCCUUCUCCUUCCAACCACGGCUUUUUCUGUCCAUGCACGACUUGAUGGGAAGCCGCGACAUCAUGGCGGAACACGACGCAGUGGAAGGCCACGACUCGAACAAAGACUGCGACUCAAACAAAGACCGCGACUCGGACAAAGGCCAUGACUCGACUGAAAGCAGCCCAGUGACUCGCAAGAAGCAGCACAGGGCAGGGAGGAAGAAGAAGACGUUGAAGAAGUGGAUGCAAUCUCUCCCACAAGAGCUCUUCGAUAAGAUCUACGACCUCACGUUCAAGCUACCGGCCCCAGGUGUUCGCGAAAUCGACGAGGAGUACACACCACCGGUCAUGCUUCAAAUUUCGACAGAGACGAGGGAUGCGUUCGCCAAAGCAUACUACGGCAACGGAUCGCAGUUUCGCGUCAAACAAGCCAUCGCAAAGAAAUGGUUGACAUCUCUUCUCCACAGACCUACGGAUCUCACCCUCAUACUCAAACUCGUCGUUCGUUUGCCCGAGUCGCUCAUUCCCUCCUCAUGGUAUUCCUCCACUGCCCUUCAUUGGGGUGUCCUGGAAUUCUGCACCGGGAAAGGUUGGGAAGAAUUCCUUCAGGAAGUUGCGCGAACUGGAGAAGAGGAAGAUUUGAUAUGAUAUAAGUCCAGCCUUUUCGACUAGAGGUACCAUGCUACGCCCAAUACCAGCGCUCGCGCCUACCUCAGGGCAGUCCUUCCCCUGUUGGAACUACGAUUCGACCAAGGCGUUCAGACUGUUGACAGAAGAUCUGAUCUCGGGGCGGAGGUUCUCGUUCAACGGAGACAAUAACCAGAAGGUGGAUAGUGAGGUGAUAGCCUGGGCGGAGGGACUCGUGGGGACGUGGAGAUACGUGGUUCACUUUGCAGACAGUGACCUUGUGUCACGCGUCAGACAAAACAUGAUCAUUUGAAAUAGUGGGGCUUAUAUGUGCUUUCUCUCUCACCUUCUUCUCAC